CUUUUUUUUAUGGCAACAUUCCCCUUAAUUUUCUUCAACUGCUCUUUUUCCUUCCUCACCCUCAUCGCAGACGAAGUUUGGAGUCAAUGAGUUCUUACCUGUCGCAAAACGAACAGCAACAGCCAACAUCUGGUGUUUUACUUAUUCGGGUAUGCGAGGCGAGAGGAAUAACUCUACCACCCCUUAUUCAACUACCAGAGUCGGUUUUAGCAGGAGCUUCAUUACCAAUCGUUCAACGCAAUAAACGUGAAUCCUUUCAAAAAAAGCUACAAACAUGGUGGCUACCAUAUAUUGUAUUGGAAUUUGACAAGAACGAAAUACUUAUAGACGCCAUAGGCGGCGAUGUAUUCAAUCCUAUUUACAACUACAGAGCAACAUUUGAUGUUUCAUGUUAUUCGAAAGUAUCCAUGUCUAUUUAUAUCAGGCAACAGCAAAAUCAACAACAGCAGACAUCACAAGGAAAUGGUAGUAACAAUGAUAUUUUCCUUGGCAGCAUCAAAAUACAGCCCGACUUUUCGUCCAUUAGUCUCGAGGAACAACUCUUCAACAUCGUGGGAGGUACAGGAGCCAUGUACUUACAGCUCUGCUAUACACCACAACAACACCGAACCAUAUCUUUUGACUCUUUUGACCUUCUACGCGUGAUCGGUCGAGGCAGUUUUGGGAAAGUGUAUGUGGUGCGUAAAAAGGAUACCAAUCGUAUCUAUGCUAUGAAAGUGUUGCGCAAAUCCAAGAUUAUCUCGAGAUCAGAAGUAACUCAUACAAUGGCUGAGAAAACCGUGUUAGCAAAAGUCAGAAACCCAUUUAUUGUUCCCUUGAAAUUUGCUUUCCAAAGCCCAGAUAAAUUGUAUCUAGUACUGGCUUUUAUUAACGGUGGUGAGUUGUUCCAUCAUUUACAAGUAGAGGGCCGAUUUAAUGAAGAACGAGCAAGAUUUUAUACAGCGGAACUGUUUUGUGCUUUGCAAUGCUUACAUGGAUUCAACGUUGUGUAUAGAGACCUGAAACCAGAGAAUAUUUUGAUCGAUUACAACGGACAUAUUGCUUUGUGUGAUUUUGGAUUAUGUAAAUUACUUACGGCAACAGAACGAACAAACACAUUCUGUGGUACACCAGAGUAUUUAGCUCCAGAAUUGUUAAUUGGAGAAGGUUAUACGAAAGCCGUUGAUUGGUGGACUUUGGGUGUCUUAUUAUAUGAAAUGAUAACUGGAUUGCCACCAUUUUACGAUGAGAAUACGAAUGAAAUGUACCGAAAAAUAUUGCAAGACCCUUUAAGGUUCCCUGAUGAUGUGUCAGAACCAGCGCGAGAUCUUUUGACACGACUGCUGAACCGUGAUCCCGAUUCACGUCUAGGUUAUAAAAGUACAGAUGAGAUCAGAAAUCAUCCAUUUUUUGCAAGUAUCGAUUGGACAAAACUAAUGAAAAAACAGUUACAGCCACCAUUUAAACCCUCAGUUGAAAGCAUAUAUGAUACAACAAAUUUCGACGAAGAGUUUACAUCAGAACAACCUGUAGAAUCGGUCAAUGCUGACGGAGACUCGCACUUAUCAAAGACAAUGCAAGACCAAUUUAAAGGGUUCACAUUUAAUGCAGAAGGAAUCAUGACCGACAGCUAUAAUAGUUACCAGCAAGCAUCAAAUCUCACAACAUCCUUUACAAACUAGUCCGUGUGCAUUAAAUUAUAAGUUCUUCAUUUAUACGUUGUUUUGAAAGCAGUAUGUUAUUAUUCUUUCUUAUUCUAUUUAUUGAAUUAUGUGGAUAAUUAUCGUAGAUAUACUCAAUUUACGUCAUGAACCAAUAAUUCCCCUCUCUAAAAUAAAGCUGAACAAAACAAUUCGGAAAGCAAAAAGGUCCAAAAGUGAUUUUAACUACCAUCUUAGCAUGUAUUUAAAAUAUAAAUAUAAAUAUUUUAG